AUGGCUGGGAAAAAGCGAAGAAGAAGAAGAAGGAGGAGGAGGAGGAGAAGAAACGUAUCCCGAUCUGCAAGAGCUGAGCUUCAAUUUCCCGUCAGCCGGGUAGACCGCUUCCUGCGGGAGGGAAACUAUUCCCGACGCCUUAGCUCUUCUGCACCGGUGUUUCUCGCUGGUGUACUCGAGUACCUGACAUCUAACAUUCUCGAGUUGGCUGGUGAGGAGGCCCAUACCAACGGCAGGAAGAGGAUCACCCCAGAACACGUGUUUCGAGUGGUACACAACAAUGAGCACCUCCAUGAACUCUUCAAAGAAGACACCAGCUCUGGGGUUAAGACACUGGAAGCCGAUGACAACUGA